CUAAGAUUUAGCGAAAGAUGUUAUGGAUAAGACGGUGGUUAUGGUUGCCAAUGGCAAAGACAACACAACACAACACAGUUUAACAUUUUCGUGUCGUGUUGAGUUUGGUUUUAACGAUAAACCCUCCUUCAUGUUCUGUAACUCCCAAUGGCGGCGUUUGCUAAACCCUCUCAACUUCAUGCUCAAUUGGGCAAUCUCCUUCUUCCUCCUUCUAUUUCGACCAACUUCAACCUCAAAACUCUCACUUUUACGCACACCCUUCAUUCCCCUCUUAGAAAAGAUAAACAUGUUUAUGUUUCAAGUUCUUCCACUGCCGCUACCUCCCUCAGCAACGACCACAGCAGCCAUAGCGCAAACUCUGAUAUUUCCCAACUGUGCCUUCUUGGGAACUUGGACCGUAGCAUGAGCUACUUAGACUCAAUGCACGAGCUUCGAAUUCCCGUUGAAGAUGAUACUUAUAUUGCCUUGGUACGACUGUGUGAGUGGAAGGGAGCAAGGAAGGAAGGGUCUCGUGUUUAUUCAUAUGUUUCCAAGUCCAUGACCCUUUUGAGUCUUCAACUGGGGAACACGCUUUUGAGUAUGUUUGUGAGGUUUGGGAACUUGGUGGAUGCUUGGUAUGUUUUUGGGAGAAUGGAGAAAAGGAAUUUGUUCUCUUGGAAUGUUUUGGUUGGUGGGUAUGCUAAAGCUGGCUUCUUUGAUGAGGCUCUGGACCUCUAUCAUAGAAUGUUGUGGGUUGGUGAGAGGCCUGAUGUUUACACUUUCCCUUGCGUUUUGAGGACUUGUGGUGGCAUGCCUAACUUAAUGAGGGGUAGAGAGAUUCAUGUGCAUGUUUUAAGAUACGGGUUUGAGUCAGAUGUGGAUGUGCUUAAUGCAUUGAUAACUAUGUAUGUGAAAUGUGGAGAUGUCGGUACUGCCAGGUUGGUGUUCGACAAAAUGUCUAAUAGAGAUAGGAUUUCGUGGAAUGCCAUGAUUUCCGGGUAUUUUGAAAAUGGGGAGUGUCUGCAGGGAUUAAGAUUGUUCUGCAUGAUGAUAGAAUAUCCUGUUGAUCCAGAUUUGAUGACCAUGACCAGUGUGAUUACUGCAUGUGAGCUUCUGGGUGAUGAGAGAUUGGGGAGGGAAAUUCAUGGUUAUGUUCUGAGAUUGGGGUUCGGGAGUGACCCUUCAGUUCAUAAUUCGUUAAUUCAGAUGUACUCUUCAGUUGGGCAUAUUCAGGAAGCGGAAACAGUUUUCUCUCGAGCAGAAUGCAAAGAUGUGGUGUCAUGGACUGCAAUGAUAUCAGGCUACGAGAAUUGUUUGAUGCCUCAGAAAGCACUUGAGACAUAUAAAAUGAUGGAAGCAGAAGGUAUCAUGCCAGAUGAAAUCACCAUUGCCAUUGCACUAUCUGCUUGUUCUUAUAUAUGCAAUUUAGACAUGGGGACAGACCUGCAUGAGACAGCCAAACAGACUGGGCUCAUCUCUCAUCUGAUAGUUGGAAACGCACUCAUUGACAUGUAUUCAAAGUGUAAAUCCAUUGACAAGGCUUUGGAGGUUUUCCACUCUACUCUUGACAAGAAUGUAGUAUCUUGGACAUCAAUCAUCCUAGGUCUUAGGAUCAACAACCGGUGUUUUGAAGCUUUAUUUUACUUCAGGAACAUGAUUCUUAGACUGAAGCCAAACUGUGUUACUUUAGUUUGUAUUCUGUCUGCAUGUGCUGGAAUAGGAGCUUUGACAUGUGGAAAAGAGAUUCAUGCCCAUGCAUUGAGAACUGGAGUAAGUUUUGAUGGCUUUAUGCCUAAUGCAAUUUUGGACAUGUAUGUGAGGUGUGGAAGAAUGGGAUAUGCGGGGAAACAAUUUUUCUCAGUUGAUCAUGAUGUUACUGCAUGGAACAUUUUGCUUACAGGAUAUGCUGAGCGUGGGAAAGGAGCACUUGCUUCUGAAGUUUUUCAGAGAAUGGUAGAAUCAAACAUCAAUCCUAAUGAAAUAACAUUUAUUUCCAUAUUAUGUGCUUGCAGCAGAUCAGGUAUGGUAGCCGAAGGCUUAGAAUAUUUUAACAGCAUGAAGUAUAAGUACUCUAUCACACCUAAUCUGAAACACCAUGCAUGUGUGGUUGAUUUACUUGGCCGUUCUGGGAAAUUGGAGGAAGCUUAUGAAUACAUACAGAAAAUGCCACUGAAACCAGACGCAGCAAUCUGGGGAGCUUUAUUAAAUGCAUGCAGGAUUCACCAUCAUGUUGAACUUGGGGAGCUUGCUGCAGAGAAUAUCUUUCAAUACGAUACAACAAGUGUUGGAUACUACAUUCUUCUCUCUAAUCUUUAUGCUGACAAUGGUAAAUGGGACAAGGUUGCAGAAGUAAGAAAAAUUAUGAGACAGAAUGGGCUAAUAGUAGAUGCUGGAUGCAGCUGGGUGGAAGUCAAGGGCACAGUGCAUGCUUUCCUCAGUGGUGAUAACUUUCACCCUCAAAUAAUGGAAAUAAAUGCACUUUUAGAGCGGUUUUAUAAGAAGAUGAAGGAAGCUGGUGUUGAAGGGCCAGAAAGCAGUAAUAUGAACAUAAUGGAAGCUUCUAAGGCUGACUUAUUUUGUGGGCACAGUGAGAGACUGGCCAUUGUGUUUGGACUUAUGAAUUCUGGUCCUGGGGUGCCUAUUUUGGUGACAAAGAAUCUGUACAUGUGCCAAAAUUGCCACAACAUUGUGAAAUUUAUCUCUAGGGAGGUUCGCAGAGAGAUUUCUGUGAGGGAUGCUGAACAAUUGCACCAUUUCAGGGGAGGCAUCUGCUCUUGCAUGAAUGAAGGAUACAGGAGUUAACCUGAUUACCUAGAAAACUGUAAGAUAUGUAGCAUCAUGGUGAGAAAUUAGAAUUGAAAGAAAUUGCUUCAAUAUCCAUGCAUAUAAGAUUUGAACAUGUCUUCACAUAUAUGGCAGGGUUUAUUCCCAUCAAGUACCAAAAUGUCUUUGACAUUUAGUUAAAUGAGACGAAUGUUCAUUAUUUUGUAAAAACACGAUAAAGAACUUUCAGAUAUGUAGAAAGACGAAUGCCUUUUUUACGAGAACUUUCAGAUAUCUAGCACAAGGCAAAAAUGGAAAGUAGAGAAAUUGGCUUUUUGCUGUAAAAAUGAGCUGCUUUCUCAUAUUUGACAGGUAAAUAACCUUGUAAGCAAAUUGAAUAAUAUAAUGCAUGUAUUCUACACACCCAUUCCCUCUCUCAUUUUUAUUAUCUUCAAAAGAAAAUUUUCAGUCCAUCAUCCAGCAUCAGUUAAUAUUGUAGAAGUGUCCAAAAAACUCUUAAGAUAUCUGUUCAUAAUUUCACUACUUUCUUGAAGUUGAUUGGCUUGAUAGAUGAUAGAUGAAACCAGUUGUUGUUGGAUUGAGCGUUUGUCACUAGGCCAAAAGUUAUAACUAUUAGUCAAAAUGCAAUUCUUUCUAUUUAAGAGCGUAUUAGUUCAAGCAUUACGAUUCAAUUGUGACUCGGUUCACUUGAUUUCGAUCACAUGACAAUUGAUGCCAUUUACAACACUUAAGCUUCCUAGCUACUUUCUCAAGACACAUAAUUUUUUUGUCAUCUUAUAGAUCAGAUGGAUUUCUGUACCUGUUAUCAUGGUUUACUGUCUAGUGAUCCGCAUUUGUUUUCUAUGAAAGAUAGAAGUCAUCUCAGUGUACUGUAAUCUGUAUUUCUCUCUUUCUUGCAUGCCCUUCAUUGGGUUUCUGGUGAUAAAGAUCAAGAACUUGGUACGGACUUUGCUUGGUUUCGGGCUUCAUGAGUUGUUUGCAGCCAACAAGAAUGCUAUAUACAAAUUAUUGCAUGAAGAGAAGACAAGAAAUAUACGUGCAUAUGAACAAGCUUGAUAUUACAUUGUCUCUCUUUCUUUAUAUCAUCUAACACUUUUGUUUAAAGAGAAAAAUUUUCCAAGUCUUUC